CGUCCACCACCCUACUUUCCUGUCCCGGAUUACAGCCGCCUGGCCUCGCUCCCUCUGCUCAGAGUGAAGAUGUUUUCUCUGGCCUUCGCCAGGUCUCUGGGUUUCGCCCUCAUCCCUCUCGCCACCUGCUGCAUCGUAGCAAACAUCCUGCUCUUCUUUCCCGACGGAAAGAUCAGCUACGUUAAGGAUAAUCAUGUGACCAGCUAUGUCUGGUACUUCAUGGGAAUUGGUGGAGGUGGUUUGGUGAUGCUGAUACCGGCCUGCGUGUUUCUGGGGAUGGGGAAGUGUGUGGAUUCCUGUGGAACAGACAGCUGUGCGAUGUGUGGUUCGGUGUUCGCGGCUCUGCUGGGAUUAGCCGGUUCAACAUACUGCUUCCUGAUCUCCACUAUGGCUCUCUUGAAGGGGCCGUUUUGCUACUCUCAGAACGAUUGGAUCUAUCCUUUUGAGCAUGAUGGCGGAAAGUAUCUGUUUGCUCGAGAGAGGUGGUCCGAAUGCAUCCAGCCGGCACACAUAGUGGAGUGGAAUGUGACGCUGCUGUCCAUCCUGUUGGGUCUCAGCGCCCUGGAGUUCCUCCUCUGUUUCCUGCAGCUCGUCGGCGGACUGGUCAACGCAGUGUGCCGGCCGUGCUGCUACAAACAGGAGUACAGUCUAAACACUUGAGGACGGAGCGUUUUCCAGCCUCGGUCGGUCAGAAACAGGACUGCUCAUCUGCAGCAGAGCCGCUGGUUCAUCAGAGAGCCGAGGCAUCUGUCAAUCACACACUUCACCAUGCCACGAAAGUCACUUCGGAUAAAAUAAUGUAAACACUAACACGUUUGAGCUGAAUGCAUCGGGACAUUUCCACAUCACUCCAGCCGAGUUUGUCUUAGCAGUGCAUGUUUUCUGUUUAAAACAAACAUUUGCAUUGUACUCUACCUGCGAUGUGCAUUUUGCUAAAAUAUAACUGUAUUUUUGUAUGAGUUCUGUUCGUUUUGCAUUGGAACAUGUUUUGUAAAUUAUUUAAAUAUUGAGACUGAUAAAAGUAUAGACCAUGAAUGUUGUUUUAUAUACCUAUAAAAGCUGUUUUAAAUAUUUCCAUCAAUGAAUUAAUAGGUCUUAUUUUA